AUGGUUGCGAAGGACUUUAUAGAUCUGUUCAGCAAACUAAGUUAUGCCAAUCGUGUGGCCGUCGAAGAUUUUGCGGAUCAACUCAACUUAUUCACGGUCAUCUUGUUUCUGAUCGCAUGUAUUGUGGUCUCGGCGAAGCAGUACUUUUUGAAUUCAAUUUCUUGUUACAUUGCGGUUAAACCCACGGGAGACAAUUACAACAAUUACCUGACCGACUUCUGCUGGGUUCAUGGUACCAUUCCGCUCCGCGCCAAUGAGCCAAUGCCGCAGACCCCAGAAAUGUGGGACGAGUAUGACAAAAUUCGUCGAAUCAGUAAUAGCUCAAGUGGAGGGUUUGAAGAAGUGUUAGGGGUGUGUGCAGUGCGGUACACCGCUUUGCUACUAGGAGAACGGACUAUGGUUGCGGAUGAAUUUUUGGGUUUUUUCGGAACCGUUCUAACUCCCAAUGUGUUGGGCGCGGAAGAUUUUGCAGAUCGUUUAAACUUGUUCACCGUGGUUCUGUUCUUGUUGGCUGGUGCGGUGGUCACAGUGAAACAGUAUGUGCUUCAAUCCAUAUCAUGCUACGUUUCCGUGUCCCCGACUGGGGCAAAUUUCGAAGAGUUCCUUACCUCCUAUUGUUGGGUGCAUGGAACUAUUCCAUUAGGUGUCAAAGAGGAAAUGCCUAAUACUGACGAGGAAUGGGAUCGUUAUGAUAGAUAUCGUCGAAUUUUAAUACUUCUGUUCCUUGUGCUCGAUCACAAUGGUUGCCAAAGAUUUCAUCGACUUNCGGUCGAGGAUUUCGCGGAUCAGUUGAAUUUGUUCACUGUGGUCUUGUUCCUGAUCGCGUGCAUCAUUGUGACCGCAAAACAGUACUUUCUUAACUCGAUUUCUUGCUAUAUCCCGGUCAAACCGACCGGGGAUAAUUACAACAAUUAUCUGACCGAUUUUUGUUGGGUCCAUGGAACGAUACCGUUACGUGCGGACGAGCCGAUGCCUCAAACCGAGGCGGAAUGGGAUAUGUACGAUCGAAUUCGUCGUAUAAGUGAGUUCUUUUGUGGCAGUAUUUUAUCGAUGAAUAACGAGUUCUAUAACGUCCUGGUUGUUCUCAUCAUGGCUGCAAAUGAAUUCAUCGGUUUAUAUGACAAAAUCUCGCUUACAAAUCGUGUUGGUAUUGAAGAUUUUUCUGAUCGUUUGAACCUAUUCACCGUGAUUCUCUUCUGUGUUGCUGCAAUUGUGGUCGGAACCAAACAAUAUGUGUUCAGUUCGCUUAGCUGUUACAUUCCGGUUUCCCCAUCCGGGGAGCAGUAUAAAGAUUAUCUGAACGACUAUUGUUGGGUACAUGGGACCAUACCGUUGAAAGCAAAUGAACCACUGCCCGAUAACGAACAAUUGUGGAAUGAAUAUGAUCGAUUUCGCCGGAUAAGUGAUUGGAGUCAGCGUGAGACAUUGGAGGAUUUUUCUGACCGCCUGAAUUUGUUCACCGUUGUGCUAUUCUCUCUGGCGUGUUUCAUUGUCGGUGCAAAGCAGUAUGUGUUGAAUGCCAUAUCUUGUUACAUUCCUGUCGGGCCGUCUGGAGAUUUUAAAGACUAUGUCAAUAAUUAUUGUUGGGUUCAUGGAACUAUCCCAUUACGUCCAGAUGAGCGAAUGCCAAGCACCGAAAAGGAUUGGAUGAUUUUGUUCCGCCCGGUCCGAAUGGUGGCUACCGAAUUUUUUGAUCAAUGGCAGUCCAUAUGCAUUCCGAAUUUUUCGACCGCCGAAGACUUCGCGGACAGAUUGCAUUUGUUCACUGUUGUCCUGUUCAUGCUGGCGACCAUUAUUGUGUCGGUCAAACAAUACGUGCUGAAUUCCCUUUCAUGCUACAUUCCGGUCGCACCCAGUGGGGAAACAUUUAACGAUUUUUUGAAUUCAUACUGUUGGGUACAUGGAACAAUUCCGCUUCGGGCGGACGAACCACUUCCGGAUACGGAGGAACGUUGGAAUGACUAUGAGAUGUAUCGUCGUGUAAGUAAUGGGGAGUGUAAUUUGCCUUUGAGUCCCUCUCCGUCCGCGGUUCAACAUCUUUCUCAUUCCGUCUAUUUUCUGCUUCAUCCUCCCUCGAUUAUAGCCUACUAUCAAUGGGUCCCGUUUGUUCUCGGAUUACAAUGCAUAUUUUUCUAUAUACCACACAUUGCCUGGCAAGCGUUGUGUGCACAUCGGUCUGGUGGUGAUUUGUUCGCCCUGGUCAAAGCCGCAGCCGAUGCUGCAACCACGGAACGUGGAACUCGCGAGAAACAAGUAAAGCGAGUGGCCGAAUUUUUGGAAGAUAUGAUUGGUGGACAUCAGGAUUGCCGUAAGGGACGACGAAGUGCCUUGACGCGCCGUGCGUACGAUAUGUGCGGGAUUUGCGUUGUUAGCAAACGACUUGGCACGUGUCUUGUGUUCUCGUAUUUGGCGGUUAAGCUGAUCACGAUUAUCAAUGCCAUUAUGCAGGUUUACCUCAUUCAACGAUUCCUUGGAUUUCACGCGGACGGCAGUGUCGGACAGCGCAGCCUGGAGUUGGGAAAGCCUUUCGAUCCGAAUUCAGGUGUGUUGUUCGAAAUUUGA